UUGAUACUCUGUCUAUCACAGCCUAGACCCUAGCAUGUUCUGUACUUUUAGCUCUUAUGUGUAGUAUUGCAUGCAAAAUCACUUCAUCGAUAUGCAUUCAUAAAAGAAUAUUAGUAAAGAUCAAAGAUAUUGAAUUUUUAGCAGGGCUUGUUUUUUAACUUUGAGAAUGUGCUCUACCCAAUCAUCUCACGCUAUUGCGCUAGUGUAGAGCCUCUUCUAUCCACAAACGGUCCUUCUCAACCCCCCUUCAUGGCUAUACGACGUUACCUACGGCCAAAGGCUAGUAGAAUUUGUUUGGAAUCCAAGUAUCAGACUCAGCAUCUCGAAUCCAGGUGAACUUCGACCGUUGUGGUAUCUCCGUCGAUAUUGUAGGCUGCGGUUGUAGAAAGCGGUCGGGGACAAGUGAAGUAUAAAGUUGCCCUGUCAGUACUUGUCGUUUAUGCCAACGGAGUGCUCACCCAGAGUUAGAUCCUUCCCAACAACACGAAGAAUGCUUAUUACAUAUCCUUUGCUGUCAUUUGCCGUUGCUGUAUAUGGAGUUACUUUACCAGUUAGUGACUUGACGGGCAGAAGCACUGAUGAUACUACAUUGUAUCCAAUUGUUAAUACCGUCAACAAAGCAUUCAUCGUUGAAUUUGGACAAGAAAUCAAUACCUCUCUAUCCGGACAAGAUCGCCGCAGUAUCUUCCACAAACGGGCGGCGUCAAUCAGCUACAAUAUCCGCCACGAAUUUGAUUCAACAGCUUUCACCGGGCUCUCAAUAUCUGUCACACAAAGUGGCACCGAUGAAGAACUGCAAGAACAGCUUCUGGAUAUCCCUGGUGUAGCAGGUGUCUGGCCAGUUUACGAGGUUCCCCGACCUGGUUUAUUUUCCAAUCUCACGGACUCCAAAAAUUCCAGUGUAGAUAUUCCUUCUAUAAGGAAAAGAGAGUCAAAAGAAACCGCGGCAGGAAAUUUGGCCUCGGCCCUCGAAAUGGGUGGUAUCGAUAAGCUACAUGCAAAGGGUAUCAAAGGUAAAGGAAUCAAGAUUGGGAUUAUAGAUACUGGGGUUGAUUAUCGUCAUCCAGCACUAGGUGGCGGUUUUGGACCCGGUUUCAAGAUUGCAGGUGGAUACUCUUUUGUGAAUGAUAACGGAGUCUUGGGGAAUAGUCCUGACCCUUUGUCCACAUGUAUCACUGGAGGACAUGGAACCCAUGUGUCGGGUGAGAACAGCCCUUCUCUUGCCCUGCCUCAUGGUUAACUGAUUACUUGUAGGUAUUCUCGGAAUGGAUCCAAUUUCUGGAGAUGGUUACUUUCCGAUCAGCGGCGUCGCUCCGGGAGCUAGUCUUUAUAUGUACCGUACCUUUGAUUGUGCAAACGCAGGCGGUAGCGACACAAUUAUGGCCGGCAUGCUGAAAGCACAAGGUGAUGGCGUCGAUAUCAUUAGUAUGUCCCUCGCGAUUGGGACGGAGUGGCCUUCGACCCCAGAUCCAUUGGCUUCUGUUGUACAAAGUAUUAGACAAGCUGGUAUUGCUGUGAUUGUAGCAGUUGGCAACGAUGGUUCUGUAAGUCAAUACGCCACAGAGCUAUUUGCGGCGGAUUAUCCUUCCGUAGACCCUAGCGCUAUUGCCGUGGGAGCUAUUGCGAACAAAGUCUUUCCUCUUGUGUAUCCGGCCGUUGACUCCACCAAUGCCAGUCUCGGCUAUGCAUCUGUCUGGCCUCUUAACCUCACUGAUCCUGUUCAUGUUUACCUUUUAUCCGACGGUUGUGAUAGCGCAACAUGGACCAAUGCCCUCAACAUUGUGAGUCAAAGUGGUCUUCUCAAUUCCACAAUUUUCGCCUUCGAGGCAUUCAAAACAACUAGUUACUGCAAUCCCAAUGAGAUUGCCUCGGAUUGGAGUUCAAGUACAGCAGUGCCCCGCUAUGUUCUGGGUUUUAAUUCAGACAUUUCAAAUCCAUAUCUACUCGAAUACAACGUCUUCAGCCCUUCCUUCUUUGGCGCAAUACAAUAUAUAAAUCUCAACACUGGCGAUGGAGCGACUCUUGUCAAUAAUUAUGGUCUGGCUGGAGGUUUCCCGAGCUAUACUUUGACCUUCACGGGAAAUAAAUACACGAGCCCUCCUCAGCACUCAGGAGGCUUGGUUGAUUACUAUUCUAAUUUUGGUCCAAACUAUUUCACUUAUGAUUUGAAACCACAAAUCUCUGCGCCUGGUGGACACAUUCUUUCAACCUAUCCUCUAGGGCCAAAUUCCAACUAUGCGAUUUUAUCAGGAACAUCCAUGGCUACUCCCUAUGUUGCAGGGUGCUUUGCUCUUGUCAAAUCUCGAUUUCCCAGCGCCAGCAUAUCUCAAAUAUUGGAUUUACUACAAGCCACAGCUACGCCAGUCAAUUGGGUCUGGGAUAGCACGAUUCUUUCCGCGACAGCACAACAGGGCGCCGGUCUUAUCAAUGCAUACGAUGCUAUCUUUGCGCAAAGCGUAAUCUCACCUGGACAAAUCGUUCUUGGUGAUGACAGUACUCAUACUGUGUUUGGUGCUGCAAAUAUCACGAUUGAGAAUACUUCAGGAUCCAGCAAAACCUAUACUUUAUCCCAUGUUGGUGCCGGUUACACAGAUGGUCAACUGUCCGGUGAAGACUACAACCAAAUUGCUCUCUAUGGAACAGGUGUAUUCCCGACUCCAACAGUCACCCUCGCAAGCGGUGAAUCUAAGACCGUCGAUUUCUCCAUCAUUCCACCUACUGGUGUCGUUGCAUCAAAUCGUCCCGUCUUCGGUGGCUUUAUUAAAAUAACCUCUUCCGCGGGUGAGACGUACACUGUCCCCUAUAUUGGUCCUCCUUAUUCCAUGUAUAACACAUCAUACAUCUCCGUUAUUCAAGUCGCCGGUUUUAACACAGCAGGAUUACCCGAAAAAGAUAACGGAUUCCUGGAAAUCAACCCCACUAGACAAUAUGGAAUAGCUGCCGAUAUACCGCAACAAUAUACACUUGCAUUUCGAUUCGAUCUCUUGCCUGCCAAUACAAACAUCACUGCUAAUACAAAUGCCUCUAAGUCACCCCAAUUAUUCUCUUAUUAUUCUUCAAGAUCUACUCCUAAAUCGUCAAUUUUUGGACACCCAUCUUUUGGAACUUACACGAAUCGUUCGGCAACAAUUGCGAGCGGUGCUAUUCAACCGGGCAAUUAUAUACAAUAUUGGACGAAUGCACAAGUAACUGGCGAUGAUGGAAUUAGUUACAACGUGGGAGAUGGUGAUUAUCGAUUUUUUUGCCAGUGUAUUGAGGUGGGGUGGGCAGGUAGGAAAGAUUGAGGAUUAUGAUACGUGGUUGGGACCGGUUAUGAGAUUUAACACGAGCUUCGCGGGAUAAUGAGGAUUUGAUUGUUGUAAUGUUUGUUUCUUAGUAGGAUAUGGGGAUGUGGUUUACGUUUGUAACUGUGGUUAUGGAUGUGAUAGUUUCACAAAGGCAGGGGAUUUUUUGAAUAGAAGAGGCAUAUUCAUUUGUUUUAAGUCGUCGUUAUAGAAGGAAUUUGUGGGAGCUUGUUAUUUUGCCGAGCAAGAAUUUCCAUUGGUAGUAUAAUGGAAAAGUAAGAAUACAUAUAUAGCCAUACUCAUCUCAUGCGCCCAUUUUCUUGCCCUUCAAAUAUAUAUUCCCUCGUUAAACUCAUUCUGCUGUGGUUAG